GUUUUAUUCUACCAUAACAGUUAAUCAAUAAAUAGUUAAUUGUGUUAACAUUAUUUCUAACAAAUAUAUUGUAAAACUAUCUUUCCAAAAGUAUCAUUAAUAUCGAUCUAUCACACAUUGUGCCAUCAAACAAAUGCGAGAUAUAAACAGUAGUACAGAGCAUCUCAAACUGGACCUGCCUCAUUAGAGAAACAGCAGCUCUCUGCAGCAUGACGUUACAGAAUUAACACGUGCUGUUUCUUCUCUAUCCUUCUCUCGCUUAUUUUAUGGUCAUACACGAGCCGAAUUUGACGUGUGCCAGCUCGCCGGCGAACAAAUUUCGCGUAUCAUCUAUUUCGUAGGAGUUCACAAUGUUACAAAUAGUGCUUUUAAUCUCAAUAUGUAUUUUUUCCGGCACACACGCUGCAAGUCUUGAAACGGUGCACGACGAAGAACUCCUCAAUCUCAUAAAGACUGAAAAAUAUGUGGUCGUCCUAUUUACAAGAAAAGAUUGUCCAGAAUGUGAAAACUAUGAGAAUCAGUUGAUCCACUUGCGCGAAGACUUGGUGGAAUCCUUAGCGGCAUGGAUUGUAAAGGCUGUCGAUAGUCAGUUGUUACAACUGUACAGCACCGAUAAAGAACCGAUUCUGCUUUUCUUCAGACAUGGGCUACCCUUGUUAUACGAUGGACGUUUGAACGACGACGAUAUAUUAACUAUGUUUACGGAAAAUAAAGUACCUGCGGUGAAGGAACUUACCGACGAUACAUUUGAGCAUUUAACUCAAGCGAGCAGCGGCGCUACAACCGGCGAUUGGUUUGUCAUGUUUUACAGCACAGACUGCGUACAAUGCUUGCGUAUGAUCGCGAGGUGGGAAACAGUCGCCGCAAAGCUCAAGCAGAAAGUGAACGUAGCACUUAUCAAUAAAUCCACAACUGGAGCUUCCACAGCCAGAAGAUUUAACGUUUAUGACACUCCGCAAUUUAUAUUCUUCAGACAUGGCAAGAUGUACCGCUAUGAGACAGGCAGGCAUGACAUCAAUUCCCUUGUCUCGUUCGCCAAAGAAUGGUACAAAAAUGUGAAAGCGGAAAAAGUGCCCGUGCCUCAGAGUCCCUUUGAUAAUCUCACGCAAGUUAUUGCAAACUUUCUUCUGGAUAAUCCAUGGGUACUCAAACUAGGCAGCAUUUGUAUUGGAGUAAUAGUUGUUAUUACAGUCGCAUCUAAAUUCAGGCAAAAACCGGAGGCUCCGCAAAAGAAAGAGAAGUAAACCCACUACAUUCAAUUUGCCAAAGAUAUAUAAACAUUUCUCUAUAUUCCGGUUGCUAUCUACAGCGGUAAAGGAUAGUAUUUUUGAUUGUACGUUAGAUUAUUGCAUGUAAAAUGUCAAGGAAAGUUUUAAAUUUGACACGUUGGUUGCUCGAUUCAAAUCCAGAAGAGACGAAAUCUAGUUGUGUACAACACUUAAAAAUUGUAUCCUCUCCACAAGCUAUACGAAUCGAAAUAAUUUUCAUUAAAUAGGUAAUUUUAUACUUUACAUAGGGGUUGAAUGUAUCACCGGUGUACAUUGGCCUCUGGAUUACUUAGGCCAGAUGUAGCCACCGGCGACACAUGCGACACAUCGGCAGCUAACGUGUUAAUAAUGCGUAUCUUUGCGAAUCUACAUAUUUCUAUCCUUGAGGAAAGCUUCUCGAGCACUAAAUUCGAGACAAUCGAAAUACUCGGUUGUUUCAACGAGAGUGUGAUAGAUGAUAUUUCGAUUAAGUGCAUGUAACAUUUCCCAAGUUACUCGAACAUCGGUGAGCAAAAGACACCGACGCAUUUCAUGUGUAACAAUCUAAUGCACAAAUAUUUGUAUUAAUCCCAGCACGAUAAAAUAGAUAUAUUUUUUACUCGAGAUGUAUCUGGACAUACAUCUGAAUAGUUGCGUAGGAAACUCGUGCAACGAUAGCGGAAUACGAAAAGCGAUAUUAACCGGAGUUACUUAAUUAGACGAGCUAACAUCUGCUUUGCCGAAAAAGAAAGAUUUUUAUUGUCGAGCUAUUGCACACAAUGCAUUCCACAGAUUGCAUAUGUGAUAAUGUGUUACUUCUCUAUUGCUUCUGAUAUUAUUAUUAUUACUAUUAUUAAUAUAACUUUAUAUUCAAGUAAUUUUUGUAUGAUUGCAAUAUACUAAAACAAUUUGUAAAUAAAUUAUAUCAUAAAAAAUUAGGAUAUACAUAAUAUUAGAUAAUAGCAAUAAUAAAGUAUACGUAAUCUUUCCUACCGCGAAAUAUGUGUUCGAUGCAAACACCUUGGACAUGUGCAAAUUUUCUAUUUUUAGUAGUCAGACUGUUGUAGCCAAAUCUAUCAGUCCCCCGUUAACGUGCGACAAUAAAAUAUCUUCUCGAAUAA